AUGGCCUCAGGUCGAUCUAAGGACUGCGGACCGAUUGAGAAACUUUACAUCAAUAAUACUGCAUCUGUUGUUUUAUCGCCAACAAACGAUACGACAUUUGAAUCAUCUGCUUUAGUCACAUGUGAUGUUGGCCAUGUGGUCGCCGAUAGGGAUAAUUUCCAAAAUCAGUUCAAUUUGACAUGUGGACAAGAUGGGAAGUGGAACGAAGUAAAAGAUUGUAUCAGAAUUGAUUGUGGAAACCUAUCAUCACUGAAUCUCUCAAACACGGAAAAAGUAUUGCUUCAAAAAGAUACAAAAUACACUUCAACAGCUAAUAUAUCUUGUCAGAUGGGAUAUACUAAUGUCAACCAAAAUCAGACAGAGGGAAUUUCAACAACUGAGGUGAUAUGUAGCGAGAAUGGCACUUGGGAAAAUUUACCAAAUUGUCGCAAAAAGGAUUGUGGAGAUCUGUCACUACUUAACCUUACAAACACGGAAAAUGUAUCUCUUCAAAAUGACACGAAAUACAAUUCAACAGCUGAUAUAUCUUGUCAGACUGGAUAUACUGAUGGCAACCAAGGUCAAAUAGAGGGCAUUUCAACAACUGAGGCGAGAUGCAGCGAGAUUGGAACUUGGGAAAAUUUACCAAAUUGUGUCAAAAAAGACUGCGGGUUAAUUGAGAAUCUUAACAUCAAUAAUACCGAAUCAGUUGUUUUAUCGCCAACAAACGAUACGACAUUUAAAUCAUCUGCUUUAGUCACAUGUGAUGUUGGCCAUGUUGUCGCCGAUAGGGAUAACUUCCAAAAUCAGUUCAAUAUGACAUGUGGACAAGAUGGGAAGUGGAACAAAGUGACAGAUUGUGUCAGAAUUGAUUGUGGAAACCUGUCGCCACUGAACCUCUCAAACACAGAACAAGUGUUGCUUCAAAAUGAUACAAAAUACACUUCAACAGCUAACAUAUCUUGUCAGAUCGGAUAUACUAAUGUCAACCAAAAUCAGACAGAGGCUAUUUCAAGAACUGAAGCGAUAUGUAGCGAGAAUGGAACUUGGGCAAAUUUACCAAAUUGUGUCAAAAAAGAUUGUGGAGACGUUCAGAAUGUCAGGAUGGAACAUGCAGUUAAUAGGACUCUUUUGAAUAAUACCACCAAAUACAACGAUACGGCAGAAAUUACGUGUGAUUUAGGUUACUACGAUAUUGAUCAGAAGCAAACAACGGGUGUAUCAAUACGUACAGCACUAUGCUCGAACACGGGAAAAUGGACAGAUACUCCCAAAUGCGUACCUAAAGAUUGCCAUGAUGUUAAAGUCAUCACCAUAGUUCAUGCAACACAAAGGCGUUACAAUGACACGAAAUUCAAUUCUACAGCAGAAAUAGAUUGCGAUGAUGGAUAUUACGACCCAAGAGAAAAUCAAACAACUGCAACAUCAACUACUGUAAUCAGAUGUUCUGAACAAGGAACCUGGACCAACAUUCCUAACUGUAUACGUAAAGAUUGCGGAUCCCUUGAAAUGUUAAAUAUAUCACAUGCUGCAAACAGACUCAUAUUUACUGACACAAACUACGGAUCCAGUGCUGCUAUAACAUGUAAAACAGGGUACUAUGAUAACAAUAAAGCCCAGUUGAAGGGGGUAUCAUCCACACUGAUGAAAUGUUCUGAGAACGGAACGUGGGCAAAUGUACCAAACUGUGUCAGAAAAGAUUGUGGAAACCUAACAGAUAUCAAGAUAACUAAUGCCGUUCACAGACGUCUACAUACAGAUACAAAAUUUAAAUCAAUGGCUGAUAUAGACUGCGAUGACGGAUAUUAUAUUAAAGGUAGAAAUCAAAUAGCUGGAAUAUCCACCCAAACCGUAGCAUGUUCUGAUACAGGAACAUGGACCAAUGUGCCAGAAUGUGUUCCUAAAGAUUGUGGAAGAUUGAACAAAUUAAACUUGUCAAAUGCUGAAAACAGGAAUCCUAUCAACGGAACCACAAUUUAUACGUCGCUGGCAAAUAUAAGUUGUGAUGAGGGAUAUAAGGAGUUAAAUAGAAGUCAGGUACUAGGAAUAACAUACACUGUGGUUAGAUGUAACGAAAACGGAACGUGGGCAAAUCUACCUCAAUGUGUCAGAAAAGAUUGCGGACCUGUCAAUCAACUUCACCUAAAAAACCUUAACCUAGCAUCAGUACAACUACAUGAUGAUACCAAGUUUAACUCUACAGUAGAUGUACUUUGUGAUGGUGGUUACUAUAAUAAACAUGACACUCAAACAGCUGGACUGUCAACAACUACUCUAACAUGUUCCAAGAAUGGAACCUGGGUGAACCUACCAUCUUGCGUUCCUAAAGGAAUGUACAUUUUAACACAUAAAUUUAUAUACUAUAAUAAUUGUACUUCUUUUUAG